AUGGACGCCGCAGAAAACUUGGAGCAGGUUUUUUCUGUGCAUAUGGCCGCUCCUGCGUUCUGUGCAUAUGGCCGCUCCUUGGACGCCAUUGACCAACUGCGGAUAGGCCUAGUGGAUGUUGGACUUGGCUUCUUUUCAGCAGCGUUUGGAUUUGUUGCCGGUAAGUACUUGGCAUACCGUGCCAAGUGCCUCUUCAGUGUGUGGACAUUGUGCAAGCCGUACUUGCUGCUCAUGUAUGUUCUUCGCCAGAGCGCCCGGCUGCAAGAGCAGAAUACAGAGGCUGUGCUGGAAAGGGCGCUCCUCGACUACAAGUCUCAGAACCCUAACGCGAGUGAUGAGGAUGCCAUCCAUCACAUUCUCAAGCACAAGCUGCCGGCAACAUUGCCCAACACGCCUGCAUGGCACCGCAGCAACCUCCAAGAUUUGUUGUGCAUGGUGGACCGCUUUGGCAUGCCGUCGUUCUUCCUCACGCUUACAACCGAUGAAGUGUCUGCCACACGCUGGCCCGAAGUGCAGUCGCUGGAGCAAAAGCUGCAGGACUUCUGUGCUGGCUUCACAUGGCAAGACGCCCCAGCUGAGAAUGCAUUCAUCGCCCACAAGCGCGUGCAGUCCUUCAUGACUGACGUGCUGAAGGCAGGCCGGGGGGCAGUCCAGGACGGCGGGGCCCUAGGACGCGUCACCAACUGGGUAUACUACCGGCCGUCAUGGGCGCAUCGGAAUGUGGUCCCGUACCACCCCACGCUGGCACUGCUGUGGGGCGCCCACAUGAAUAUACAGCGGAUCAACUCAGCGACGUGGUCGUUCUACGUGCUCAAGUACGCCAUGAAGACGGAGCCAAUGGGGAAUGUCGACCUCACUGCUGUGUCACGGGUGGCACUGGGCGUGCCAGCGGACAGCAGCACGGGUGCAGCAGGGCGUGACUACUUCGUGCGCCUCGCAUCAGCAUACCUGGCAGCCACAGUCAUCAGCCCCACGCUGGCAUACCUGACUGCGGCCAACAUUCACACAGUGACCAUGUCAGUCGGUGUGCAGUACAUUGACUCGUCACCACCCACGAGCCGGACACGGCGCGUGCUGCAGACUGGCCCCAUCGGCAGGACACAUGGCCAUCUGCACCUCAGCAUGCCACCUGUGGACAUUUACACGCUCCGUCCUGCAUGCUUGGAAGAUGUGGCCUUCUACGAUUACUUCACCAAGUACCGAGUGUAUGAUGGUGACGGGUGCCCGCGUGGCGGCAUUUUCUGCGGCCUUGCUACCAAUGGCCAGCGUGUGUUUCGGAUGGCGGAGCCGCGCUUGGUCCGCUUCACUGAUGUGAACCCCGCUUAUAACCCCGAGGCCUUUUUCUACAACCUGCUGCUCAAGCAAGUGCCGUUCCGCCAUGAAAGGUGCCUGCUGUCACCACAGAACGCGUCGCAGACAUACUUCGAGGAGUGCCAACUACGCGAGCUGGUCAAGGAUAUGGCAGACUUGGAGCGCUAUGUGCAGGCCUAUGGUGAGUACCACCUGUACGAAAGCGACAGGCGGCAUGCCUUGCUGGCCACCUUGCUGGCAAAGUACAGCCCAGACGAAGGACUGGACCUCCUUGGCGAUGACCUCCUUGACACCCUUGCUGGUGGCGAGCUGCCCAUGCCUGCCCCUCGUCCCACCCCCGAGGGGCAACCCAUGCUCCAGCAGAACCGUGACCAGCGGGCACUGCAAGGACGGUUGGAUGCCCUGGCUGCAGAGUUCGGCGACUUGGAUGAGUUGCCAUUCACACCACAGCAAGAAACAGCUGUCAAUGCUAUCCUGGCGCAGCAGGCUGGCAUUGUGGUGCUGAGCGGCGGUCCAGGCUGUGGCAAAACAUUCGUGACCAAGAAGCUCACACGACUGCUGCGGGCUGCAGGGAAGUCGGUGCACCUGUCUGCCAGCACAGGGGCAGCCGCCGUGCGCUUGAGCCAGUUUGCGACCACCAACCAUACCGCCUUCAACCUGCCAGUCAGCCAGCAGCACCGGCCCACAGCCUGCAUGCGGCAGAUGCGCACCACAGAUGUGCGGGUACAAGUGCUGCAGGCAGCAGACGUCCUCAUCCUGGAUGAGUUCUCCAUGAUGACUGCAGAGCACUUGAUGCACAUCCUCAUCACAUUGUGGCAUGCCAGCGAAGAGCCGUCCAUCGAGGCCAUGCUGCGCAACAAGCUCAUCAUCCUAGUUGGCGAUGAUGCACAGCUGGCCCCUGUCUGCAAGCAUCAGCGCAUGCAUGAGGACGAACCCGCAGCCACAGCUGUGUGCCGUCAUUGCCACAUCUCCGCCUCGCCCUAUUGGCACACCGCCACACGUCUGAACCUGAGUGUCUCUGUACGGCAUGCAAAGGACCCGGCAUACAGCAGCCUGCUUGACAUCAUCCGCCAGCGUGCGCCCACCCAGGCCGAGCUGGAUGCUGUGUUUGGGGUAUGCACACCGGACAACGUGCACUUCAUCAGCGAGUCGCAGGUGGCGGCCACAUGUGACGCAGACACCACAGUGCUGUGCACUCAUCGGGAGGAUGCGCUGCAGCAUAACCUUGCCAUUCUGCGGCGCCACCCUCGGCGAAACGCCAUGCUGGCCCUGGACCAAUGGCUCCAAGAGCCCACAUUUCGGACACUGCCCUGCGUGGCUGUCGCUGCCAAUGGCGCGACUGGCACUGUGGUGGAGCUGCAGUUCGAUACAGAUGGCCAUGUCGACAAAGUCAAGGUCCAGCUGGCAACCACCGGGAAGACAAUCACGCUGGGGCGCAGUAUCACACGCUACAAGAUCCUCAACGGUGUCCGAUACUUCAAGUCCACAUUCCCCCUCUGCCUUGCAUGGGCCAUCACAACACACCGUGCACAGGGUGCAACCCUCGCCACGCGCACCAUCAUCCAUGCCCGGGAUGCGUUCACGCCGGGACUGCUGUAUGUCAUGCUGUCACGUGUCACGGAGAGCCGCCUGAUCAAGAUCGUGGGCUCCCUGUCGCCUAGCUUGUUCAACCCGGUCAUUCUGCCAUGGACCACGAAUCCCAUAGCCAACACAACAGCACCAACUGCCGAUCCAUCGCAGCCAGCAGCGGUCCCCGCACCUGCCCCGGAGGACCCGCACCAUGUGCAGGGGCAGAGGGACAAGCGCCUGUACGAGGCGCUGGCUCGCCCACUGCACUGCACACUCCUGGUCAAUCCAGUGCAGCCCGGAUAG